CGUCUGUCAGGUCGGGAGGACAAGGGCAAGCGUGAGAGAAAACGAGGAGAAAGUCAGGAAACCAUAACCCGUCCUCAACUUCAAAGUUCUUUAGGAUAGCUGUUACGCGCGGUUGAGUUUCGGGGACAACUGAAAGUCAUGAUGAUGACCCAGGUGGAGACCACGGUGCACUACGGGAACGGCUACGAGGAUGAAUAUAUGAUGCAGGAGGAUGAGUGGGACCGGGACAUGCUCCUGGACCCGGCCUGGGAGCAACAGCAGAGAAAAACCUUUACAGCCUGGUGUAACUCCCACCUCAGGAAAGCCGGUACUCAAAUUGAAAACAUUGAGGAGGACUUCAGGAAUGGGCUAAAGCUCAUGCUGCUACUGGAGGUUAUUUCAGGGGAAAGGUUACCCAAGCCAGACAGAGGGAAGAUGCGGUUUCAUAAGAUUGCUAAUGUUAACAAAGCACUGGACUUCAUCUCAAGCAAAGGGGUCAAACUGGUUUCCAUUGGAGCUGAAGAGAUUGUGGAUGGAAAUGUGAAGAUGACACUUGGUAUGAUCUGGACUAUCAUUCUCCGCUUCGCCAUUCAGGACAUAUCUGUGGAAGAAACAUCUGCUAAGGAGGGUCUACUCUUGUGGUGUCAGAGGAAGACUGCCCCCUACAGGAAUGUCAAUGUCCAAAACUUCCAUGUCAGCUGGAAGGAUGGCCUGGCCUUCUGCGCCCUGAUUCAUAGACACAGACCCGACCUCAUCGACUACUCUAAGCUCAACAAGGAUGAUCCUCUGGGGAACCUGAACCUGGCUUUUGACAUAGCAGAGAAACACCUGGACAUUCCCAAAAUGCUGGAUGCAGAAGAUAUCAUCAACACCCCCAAGCCUGAUGAGAGAGCAAUCAUGACCUAUGUAUCCUGCUUUUACCACGCUUUUGCUGGAGCCGAGCAGGCAGAGACAGCUGCUAACAGGAUCUGUAAAGUGCUGGGUGUAAACCAAGAGAAUGAGAAACUGAUGGAGGAGUAUGAAAGACUGGCUAGUGAGCUGUUGGAGUGGAUCCGCCGCACCACUCCCUGGCUGGAGAACCGAACCCCAGAGAAGACCAUGGCUGAGAUGCAGAGGAAGCUGGAGGACUUCAGAGAUUACAGGCGUAAGCACAAGCCCCCUAAGGUGCAAGAGAAGUGCCAGCUGGAAAUUAACUUCAACACCCUGCAGACCAAGUUGCGUAUCAGCAAUCGGCCUGCCUUCAUGCCCUCUGAGGGGAAGAUGGUGUCUGAUAUAGCCAGUGCAUGGCAGGGUCUGGAGCAGGCAGAGAAGGGUUAUGAGGAGUGGCUCCUGACAGAGAUCCGCAGGUUGGAGAGGCUGGAUCACCUGGCUGAAAAGUUUCGCCAAAAAGCCACAAACCAUGAGAACUGGGCCAGCGGUAAAGAGCUGACCCUUUCCCAGAAGGACUAUGAAACAACCACGCUGACAGAAGUCAGAGCCUUGCUUCGAAAACAUGAGGCAUUUGAAAGCGACUUGGCAGCCCACCAGGACAGAGUGGAGCAGAUUGCUGCCAUUGCACAGGAACUAAAUGAGCUUGACUAUCAUGAUGUGGCUGCUGUGAAUCAACGCUGCCAGAGCAUCUGUGACUUGUGGGACAGGUUGGGAACCCUGACUCAGAAGAGGAGAGAGGCACUUGAGCGAACAGAGAAGCUGCUGGAGACAAUUGAUCAGUUAUUCCUGGAGUUUGCCAAGAGGUCUGCCCCGUUCAACAACUGGAUGGAAGGAGCUAUGGAAGAUCUGCAGGAUAUGUUCAUAGUGCAUACUAUAGAGGAAGUACAGAGUCUAAUUGCAGCCCAUGAGCAGUUCAAAGCGACUCUACCUGAGGCAGAUGCAGAGAGACAGGCCAUCUUGGGAAUCCACAAUGAAGUGCAGAAAAUUUCCCAGAGCUACGGGAUCAAGGCCAACAUCAUCAACCCUUACAGCACUAUCACAACCGAAGAGCUUCUCAACAAGUGGGAUAAGGUGAAGAAGUUGGUUCCUCAGAGAGACGGCGCCCUCCAGGAGGAGAUGGCACGCCAGCAUGCCCAUGAAAGGUUGAGACGUCAGUUUGCUGCCCAGGCUAAUCUCAUUGGACCCUGGAUACAGGCCAGGAUGGAGGAGAUCGGGCGCUGCUCCCUGGAGAUAGGAGGAACCCUCGAGGACCAGAUGACCCAAUUGAAGCAAUGUGAGCACGUCAUAGUCGCAUACAAGCCAAACAUUGACAAACUGGAGGGAGACCACCAGCUAAUCCAAGAGUCGCUAGUGUUUGAUAACAAACACACCAACUACACUAUGGAGCACAUCCGUGUUGGGUGGGAGCUGCUCCUCACAACGAUUGCUCGUACCAUCAAUGAGAUUGAGACCCAAAUCCUGACUCGUGAUGCAAAAGGCAUCAGCCAGCAGCAGAUGAAUGAGUUUAGAUCAUCUUUCAACCACUUUGACCGGAAGAAAAAUGGAGCGAUGGAAACCGAUGACUUCCGAGCCUGUCUGAUCUCUAUGGGUUAUGAUUUGGGAGAGGUGGAGUUUGCCCGCAUAAUGAUGCUGGUGGACCCUAGUGCUACAGGAAUCGUUUCCUUCCAAUCUUUCAUCGACUUUAUGACCAGAGAAACUGCAGAUACAGACACUGCCGAGCAGGUUGUGGCAUCCUUCCGGAUCCUGGCAGCUGACAAGCCCUACAUACUUGUGGAAGAACUGAGGAGAGAGCUUCCUCCUGAACAGGCAGAGUACUGCAUCUCACGGAUGCCAGGUUACAAGGGCCACGAAGCACCACCAGGGGCGCUAGACUACACCGCCUUCUCCACUGCCCUCUAUGGAGAGAGUGACCUUUAACCCUACAUAACCAUUCAUCCACUGACCCACUGACCAUCCCCCAGCCCAUCUCCUGAUGAAUUUAAAAAAUCUAUGAAGCAAAAAGGUUCAAAUUUACAGAAUGAAAUGUGGUUGUGAUAAUAGAAUGUUUUUGUUGAUCCGUCUUCUGUUGCAUUUGUUUAUCCAUUCAUGCUCUACUUUGUCAUAUGCCUUGGUCCUCUCCUAUUGUUCUCAUAUAUAAAAUAAGAAAAUAAAAAAUGAGAGAAAAAUAAGAGAAAAUUUCCAUGUUCAAAUUGCUGUUCUGAGAUGCAAUGCAUUGUACAUUUUAGAUUGUUAUUCUCACAUAAGGAAACUGAAAAUGAAGUUAAACAUAAAGUAAAGCAAAAUGUACACCAUCAAAACAAUGAUUGCUAAGUAGACAGAGAAAUAGAAUUGGAUUAGAUCAUCUGUUAUAAUCGAGUUAAGUCUGCCACUGUCAUGUAUUGCCUCUACGUUUUCCACCGGUGCUCUUGUUUGGAGAAUAAAUUGUCUCAAUAAGGGAAUUAAAGAGAGUUGGCACGAAUAAUUUCAGGCUUGCUGCAAUCCAACAAUAAACAGAGUAGGAAAUGGGUUCCCAGAAGGCCAAAAAUAUAUAUAACACCAACAGAGGAAAAGCGGGAAACCACAUAAAUGCAAAAGUAAAUAUUUAAAAUAUGUUGGUGCUUUAAAUACCUAGAAGUGAGAAGAAUAUGUUCUAAUCUUAAACUGUUUUGCAGACAGUAUCAGUUAGUUCUCAUACAUGCUUAAAAUGUCAAUGAAAGGAGAUAUCUUCGACGGUAUUUUACAGUUAAAAUAUCUUCGAAGAACAUGCAAACUCUUGGUUGGUUUAAGGAGUUAUUUCUGAAAAGGGAAAAUUAAUUCACAUAAUGUCAUCUUUUGUGUGUGUGUGUAUGUUUUCACCUUGAGUCAACUGACACAUGUAGUAAUCACGAGUUCCCCAAAUUGUACUGGUGACAUAUGAGUUCAUGGACUAACUCUGCAAAGAACUACACAGGCCAAAACUACAGAAUAAGAAUUAUGCAGCAAAGCUAAAAUAAAGCCGUCGAUCUUUACACGAGGAGGGUCACGGGCUGCUUCACAAGCACUGGAGCACAGGAUUAAUUUAAUACUAUUUAAAUGGAAGAAAUCCCUUUAAAAUCAAAGACUCUUUGCUACAUCAAAUAACCUCAAGAUACCACUGAUCUCUAUAGCUCAGAGCUUCAUUUUCUAAUUUUUGAUGAUCGCUUCUCUAUGUUGUCUUUUGGUUGUUAAAGACAGAUAUCCAGAG